AUGUUUCCCCUUCGUGUUUCACUAUCUGGAUUUGUGCAUUGCUUUUUGCGAGUCCUUUGCUUCACUAUUCUGGUAUUGGGCGAAGUUGACAAAGCUUUCGUCAAUGUUAUUGUCCAAAGCGAAGAUGGGCAAAACAGCCCAUUUGCGAACAUCGUCGGCAAAUUUGCAAGAGUUGGAGCUAUAAAACAAGUAGAAGGAGAGCUAAUAGAGGUGAAAAUAAUUUCGCAAAACCCUUCAGCAACACUUUUAUGACGUAACUAAGACAGCAUUUUAAUGCAAGCGAUAUAAUUUUGAAGACCUUCUGUAUGUUGAUAAAACUGGAACCCUCUCCCAUAACGAAGUCCUCGGCAUAAAGAACGAUUUUGUUGACCCCAGUAAUAAGACCUUGAAGACCUUCUGUAUGUUGAUAAAACUGGAACCCUCUCCCAUAACGAAGUCCUCGGCAUAAAGAACGAUUUUGUUGACCUCAGUAAUAGCAUAAUAUAUGGAAACGAACCUCGCUAUAGCGAACAAAUUUUGCCAGUCCCUUGGCACUCCAUUAUAUCGAGGUUCCAUCAGGUAAUUAUUUGUUAAUUGAUAGCCUUUACAAGCACUAACCUCGACACCUGGCAGAAAUAUUGGAAGUUUAUUCAAUAAAGAUAAUUUUUUUUAACACCAUGGCUUAAAUUACCAGUGAUUCAUAAGCGGAAUUGCAAGUGAGUAAUGUCAUUAAUUUUAAAUUCAGAUGGAUAGUUAUGAUUCAGAAGAUUCUGAUCCAGAUGAGGAUGAUGCAACCCCUGUUGCAGAUGAGGCACGUCAUGGCUGGAUUGGUGUCAUACACAUUCCUGUCUUGGAGUACUACAAUGUCCGUAGAGGCAGCUCUAAGUCCUGGUCUGUCUUGGAAAAGGUUUGAGCUCAACUGCUUUGUUUCAUACGAGGGAUGCAUGCUGUACCAACCAAUAGCCUGAGAAAACAGCUGACAUUUGGCAACGCUACCACUAGUUUCCCCGCCAAAUGACAUCUGAGAAACGAGGGCAGAAAUUCCAUACUGAUGACAGGUCACUACCCAGACCUGGGUAAUGCUUCUGAUUGGUUGAAUCAAAUUUCCCACGCGGCACAACCAUUCAGAAGCACUACCCAGAUCUGGGUAGUGUCGUGUCAUCUGUAUGGAAUUUCUGCGCUCAUUUGUUAGAUGUCAUUUGGCGGGGAAACCAGUGCUGGGGUCACUAAAUGUCAGCUGUUUUCUCAGGCUAAUCAAACAAAAGAGUCCUUGUACUAUGCUAUUCUAUCACAAUGUUUUAGAUUUCCAAAUUAAUGUUGUGCACUUUCUAGACGUUGUAUUUACAGACUGUUACUAGAAUUGUUGCCCCGCAGGAAAUUACAUGUUAACUUCAUAUUUUCCAGUUAGAUGACAACUUUUCUCUAUUGAAGGAUAAAAAAAUGAAUAUAACAGCUGCUCUCAGUUGUGACACCAUAUAGAUUCACACUCUCUUUCAAGGGUGUAAUUUUUAUUGAUCCUUGAAAUAAAAUCAGUGCAGAUCAAUUUCUUUAUCACUUUAAUUUUGACCUUCCCAUUAAUACAAAUUUUUGUUUCAUUAUUUUUAAGGUGAAGAAGGCAAUGUUCCUUGGUGCCUCAGCUAUAAUUAUUAUCACAUUGAAUCAGAGGGUGUUAAGAAAGGUAGGGUAUGGAAAUACCCAUGAUAAUCUCAGUUCUACAAAGUUCCUAUCCCUACUCCAGAAACUUGGGUGCAACCUUUCAUUGCAGCCAUUUCUGGGAUUGUUUGGGUGGACAUUAGCAAUAGCUAUGAUUGGUCAAUGGUGCUCAAGGCAGCCAUUAACCAAUCAACAGUAAUGCUUGUCCACCCAAACGAUCUCAGAAGUCAUUACACUGAAAGCUUGUAAAUUUCCCUUAUAGUUUCUGGAGUGGGGAAUUGUAGCACUCUUCAGUCGAAGCCUUAAUUCUGGUGCUUUUCAGGGAUAAUGAAACAAAUGAUUUUUAAAUGGAACAUACAUGUAGCAUGGUUAAAAAUUCCAACUGGUAGGAGGUGAACCUGUUGGCUAUUUUACAAGGAUGGCCGAAGACUACAGAAUGGUCAGGGUAGGACUUGAACUUGGGGCCUCUGAAGUAUAAGUCUAGCGCUCUAACCAUGCCACAUGACCUGCAUGCUGCCUCCAUAAACUUUGUUAUCUACUAGUGCAACUCUUAUAACUUCAAAAUUGUCUUGAGCAAAGUAACAAAUUGCCGUUAAGGAUAAGAAAAUCACAAAUUUCUGUUUCAAUGGUUUUAGGGUUACCGGGUAACAACAUGAUAGCCAAUCCCUCCCACAUAAUCUGUGAGAUUAACCCUGUUGAAACUCCUCAGUUAUCUUGCAUCUCUUGUUUAUCACCAGCUGGACCUUGCUCAAAUGUUUCCAAGGCCCAUAGUAACUGUUAAUGGAACAAGAAAUGUUUCUAAAUUAAUGGCUGCUCUUCAAAGGCAAGUGCUCUGUACAAAUUUCAGAUUUUUAAUUCAAACAGUCUGUCAUGAUUUACUAAUAAGAAAUUUUGCAUCAAAUCCGCAAAAUAACAUCCUCCUCGAUCUACACAAUUCUUCAGAUUGCACUCAGCCUCAUCCAAUAAUCAAGUCCAGUUAUAAGUCCAAAAUCGUGCAUCUUGCUUUGGAAUGCAAAAAGAAAUAAAUUGUGCCUUGUUAUGAUAUUAUUUUGUAUUGUGUGUAGAUAAAUAAAGUAAAACCUGCAUGUUAGAACCCAGUGGUUUUAAAGAAACCUACUGGCCGAAAUUUGUCACUUAAAUACAAUAAUUAUAUGUAACCAAACAUAUUAGAACCUGUGAAGCCAAGCAAGAUCACACAGGUUCUUGUAUGUGGCUUACAGCCAAAUCUAAGGAGUUUGACUUUGAGAUUGCAAAUUUAUACAACAAGAAUUUUUAUGCUGUACCAAACUGUAAUGCGAAUACCAUACACUGUAAAUGUAAUAAUUACAGUACUGUUACAUAACAGUAAUUCCCGACCUACAACAAAAACAAGUUUAUAUAAAGUAUAGACUGUACUAAUGUCUUGAUGAAUAUUGUGUAAAGAUUUGCAAUGUACAGUUGUGAAUAAUACUUAAAGACCAAACUCAAGUUCAUGUAUUUCACUGGUAGUUAACAGCUACAUCUCUCAUUUAUAAAAUAAGUAAUUAAAGCUAAUAAAUUUUAAGAAACUGCUUAGCCUAUUAAAAUUGCUAAUAACUGCCUCAAAAUCUAAGAACUCUUUUUCUGCUAGACUUAAAAAAGAUAAUGUAGGUUCUUACACGUGGGAUUUUGCCGUAAUUGAGAUUUUUCAUACAAUGUUAUUUUGCUAAUUAUCUCAACAAGUUAUCGUAAUCCUUUUUCUUUUGUCUGUAUAAUCUUAGAUGUUCAAGAGACAGUUCUUGUAUUUAUUUUCAAGUUACUAAGUGUGAAUUGUCACAAAGCGGGAAAGAGUACAACUCUAACCAAGUUGACGUAAUGCAAGAAAGAUUGCUUUCGGCACAAUUUCACUAUAAAUACCAUUUACCAUAAAAAAUAUCAAUAUUAAUUUUUAACACGUAAACUAUCUGUCUAUUUGUAGAGGAAAGCAGAAGCUUAGAGGGAUAGUGUCUUAUAACUCUUCUCUAGUUGAACUGAAGGUAAGUCUGUUAGCAAAAUAUCUGUUCGGAAGACGAUUUGAGAUCUAGAAUUUUCAGAACAUUUAUUGUAAAAUUUCUUGCUUGCCGGCCUCUCCUAGGAUUUUCGAACAUCUAAAAAAGGGUAUAAUUUAUGGAAUGCCGUUUGUAUCAAAAAUACUUCUUACCAUAUAUAAACCUUUACAUUAAAUAUAUAAAACAUUUUGCUUUAUGAAUAAAACUUCUUAAUUUUAGUCUUAAGGUUACAGUGCACAAUUAAAACUUGUUACAAAAUAUACAAAACUUGUUGAAAAAUAUAAAACUUUUCACGAUAUAUAAAACUUGUCAAUAUAUAUAAAACUUGUCACGCAAUCCUGGGUUGGUUCGCAGUCUCUUUUUUAGUCCUCAAUUUUACGUGCAUUUUGCGCGAUGAAUUCAAACGAUUUAUUGAAGAACUUCCCUACGAAGAGUUGAGGCAAAGUAUUUUUACUGAAGAAUUAGAAGUUGCGGAUCGGUUACUUGCCCUUUCAGAAAGGAUUUGCCGCCAAUUUGUGUUUUUCCUUCGCAUCUUUGAGUCUCUGAACUGCGAUAUCAGUGAGGACAUAACUGAGCUGAUCAAACAACUCCUUAAAUUGUACGAAGGUCUAACUAGAGAGCGCGUAAAUUGGCUUGAGGAAGGCCGUGAUGACAAUAGUUUUCGAUGCCAACCCGAACCCGUCGACGAAGGCAAUGCAAGGUCAAGAGGAAGGCCGCAGUAAACACAAAUUCGUGCCAAAUCCUUUCUGAAAGGGCAAGUAACCGAUCCGCAACUUCUAAUUCUUCUGUAAAAAUACUUUGCCUCAACUCUUCGUAGGGAAGUUCUUCAAUAAAUCGUUUGAAUUCAUCGCGCAAAAUGCAUGUAAAAUGGGGGACUAAAACCCUUUGCCAAGCAACCGCCCCUGCACCUUUCAGGAUUGCGUGACAAGUUUUAUAUAUAUUGACAAGUUUUAUAUAUCGUGAAAAGUUUUAUAUUUUUCAGCAAGUUUUAUAUAUUUUGUAACAAGUUUUAAUUGUGCACUAUAACCUUAAGACUAAACUUAAGAAGUUUUAUUCAUAAAGCAAAAUGUUUUAUACAUUUAAUGUAAAGGUUUAUAUGUGGUAAGAAGUAUUUUUGAUACAAACGGCAUUCCAUAAUAAUUACCCAUUUUUAACGGAUUUUUACCCGAAAAAGGUCAGCUGGAAUUUUCGGGAGCCUUUUUUUCUGGCUGAAAUUUUCGCAAAGGUAAGUUUUGAUUCCUGUAAUUUUUGGAUCACUAGACUUUCACCUAGGAAAUCCGAACAGAUGAAAAAUUUUUAGGGGAUAAAACUAUGCCUGUAUCUAGCGUUAAAAUACUAAAAUACGUUUAACAAUGCGAUGUUCAAGUCGUUUUGAACCAUAUUCCCGUUGGUUGCCCCUGACCUAUUGGCUAAAACACGUCAUGGAAUCGUUUACGAUUUUUACUUCUUCGACCAUCGUUGAUCACAUUACUAUACUACUUUCCGCAACAAGACUUUGCAAAAUGACUGGGUAUAACUUGCUGUUACAUCUGAGGUACAGAAAUAGCUUCGAAAUAAAGAAACAGAAACAAAAUAUUGUUCAUGCACAAAAAUGUUUUACGUUGCCCGUGAGUUUUACAGGUUCUAACACCGUGGAUGAGCCAAAUUUUCGUCGGCAAAAUAAUCUAAUGUUGCAGAAAAAGGUGUCUGGCGUAGACAAGGUUGUAAAUUUCAAGAACUUUUCAGGACCUAAUACAGAAAUCAAAUAUUUUUCAGGGACCUAAACCGAAUUCAAGGAAUUUUUCUAGACGACUAGUAAAAUUCAAGGCCUUUUCAAGAUAGUAUGAACCAUGCAUCACGGUCAAGAACAAUAACUAAAUUGUGCAUGGGGAUGAUCGGUACGGUAGAACCUCGCUAACUCGAACUCGGAUUUCCCCGCAAACACGAACUACAUCUGCUUUCUCUUGAUCAAAAUUUCACUGAAAUUUACCCUGAUAACUCGACUUCUUCGCUAACUUGAACUGUUUUUCGUUUCCCUUCAGAGUUCGUGUUACCGGGGUUCCUGGGUUCUACUGUAUUUUAAACCAUGCACUUUUUGCUAGUGGCCAGAGCCAUGAAGCCUUUUGUUCUUUAAGCUCUCUUUUACCAACGGGAUAAAUCUUGUUACAAUGUUUUAAACUAAGUUAAAAAUAGCGGAUUAUCCUGUGGAGUCGAUUGUUAUACAACAUUGUUAUUUCUUCUAGUUACUAUCCACACUAACUUUUUGGGCGACCUGUGGACGGCCCAGUGGAUGGGAAGGAGUGGUCUGUCUUGGAAAUCCUGAAAAAGGCACCGAGGUAAUUAAUUAAUAUGUCCUAAGUAAUCACCAAGGGGUCGUUCAUUAUCAGCAUAUCUGCGACUUUUGUUCCCCUGUAGGUCAGUGACUCCACGCACAUCAGACCUACUAUUUAUUGUCACAUACACGAAGACCCCUCUUCAAACCCAAACGCGCUUGCCCUUGUGCGCAAUAUUUUUUACAUCUUUUUGACGUUUUUUUCACUUUUUAUCUAAAUUUACAUAUUCACUACUCACGCUGAAAACAAAAAUGAAAACUUCGCCUUUACACCUUCACAGCCACUGAAUAGUCAAUUGGAUUUCAUUUUUUUGUAUACGUUUUAAUAUGUGAUAACUGAGUUAUAAUUUUUGAACACAAGGCCGAGGAGUGAGGACAUUAUCCUAUCCUAGUGAACAAAUGUAAUUAUCAAACCAAGUACCGGUAUUUCUUUUAUGCGACGUGCUACCUUGUAGAUUUUUUGACAAAAAUAGAAAUUGCCACAAAGUAAGAAGACUUGUUUAUAAGUUGUCUCGGGUGUAGUGCAGACGGCAUUGUAAUAUGACUUUUUAUUUUUAUGCGGCACAUGUAGGAAGUCAACUCUCAGUUCUUUGGAUCUUCAGCGUUCUUUGCGUCAGUGCUGUUUUGUCUUUUGGUACUCAAGGUACGUUACAAAGAGAACCCUGUUUAAGCCACAUCCUCUCCAGCCUAUCACCGGCUCUCAGAGCCUUGAAGAGGCUACACCCUUUUCAGACCAUCAGUUCGUAAGUUAAUAGAAAUAUGCGUCUCGUAGAGAGUUAAUAUACAGAUAUAGAAACACGUGAAAUUGUAGCUCAUGAAUCAACUCUGGUUUGCAGCCAGGCAACAGCAAAAUAAUCGAAAUGUUGAAGUAGCUUCACUCUCUAAUGUUUCUGUAAGAACAGUUCAAGUUGGGUCUCACUCUUUAUGACCUACAAUUUCAUUAGACUUGCUUCUAUAUUGUCGUAGUUCUUUUGUUCCAGGGUUGGGUUCCACUUUUAACUUUGUUUUCUGUUCUCCCAACCAAUUGUGUGAUGCCUUGCACUAGCUGCAACAUCAGCCUAUGAACAGUGAUUAUAGCAAAACAUUUGCUUGCCCGGGCCGGAAGCCCACAACCAAGAUUUGCUUGUUUUGACAUGAUGCUAAAUUGCAUUUAAGUGAAAGACGAUAGUGAAAUGUAGGACUAUUGACUAGUAAAAGCCCCGUGGAUGAAAGUUUAAAGCAAAAGGCACACUAGCGGUUUCCUUAGCUUUUCUUUUAUCUGCAUUUUUGCGUUACGUCAUUUUUUUCAUAUCUUUACAGACCCAGCUCAGCCAACUUUUUCACAACUAUUGGAUUUCGAAAAAAGAGGUAUGAGUUUCCAUCUGCCUUUUUCGUUCAGAUCAUCAUUAAACCAUCACGGCAUAUCCUAACGCUACGAAAACAUCCGAGAGCCAGACUUAAGUAUUUUUCUUGAAUGUUGAUCCGCCGCACACCUCGGAGGGAACAGCGCGAAAUUUCCGCGAGACCGUAAAAAACUGAUAUUUCUCUCUAUCUCACGGUAAAACUCAGAUCUCAUGAAAAAUUCACCGCACAAUAAGUAUUGGGAACGGCUGAAGUAACUGCUUCGCAAUGGGCUUGUUUCCUGACGUGUUAGGCGGACUAAAAAAGUUUUUUUUUGAACAACAGAAUAAAAUGAUAUGAUGUAGGACUUGAAAGACAAAACUUGCUUAAACUCGUUAAGCGACACAUUCAAUACGAUGAAUUCAAUAGACGAUCUCUGUCUUGAAAAUUCUUGGAGGAAACCUUUUGGAUAAAGCUCACGCAUCUCAGAGACUUCGGCUAUGUUUUACUUUUUAGCAAAUGCUGAGGCAAGAGGCGGCACAAGCAAUAGCGAAACUUAAGAUAAGAAAAUACAGGCGAGUUAUGAAAGACUCUCAGCCGUCCUGCUCUACUGCAAGCUCAAAACGACGGGAAAGGAGAGACGUUGAAGUUUGUGCAGUUUGUCUUGAUGAAUUCUAUAAUAACCAGGUAUGCAGAAUUAUAUUGAACUGUAUAACAAUGUAACAACUCUGUAGAACUCAGACGAUCGUAAUGAAACAGGCAUCUUGCUACGUCUCGUUGAAAUCUCAAAUUUCCGUUAUGUUUAGUUUAUAACAUUUGAUAAGUGAAUGUUCUAUUUAAAGAGUCUCGGACUCCCUCCUAGAAUAAGAUAUAUUAGAUAUAUUUUUAAGUUAAAUAAGUUUCUUUUUUAUGUUGCUCUGGAAACUCAACAAGUCGUGUGAAAAUGAACCCAUGUGUGCAUGUAUCUAUUUUCCCGAACCUGAAUACUGUUUUUUUAUAUUGUGACUUGUUUUAGUGAUAUCCGUUCGAAAUGUCUUUCUCGUUCAAAAUAGGAUUAUAAGCGAGGAAUAUUUUAAUACCAUGUCAAAGUUAUCCUUGCCCAAUGCCAUAUGGCUCAGUCCUAGUGCCGGAUAAUUGUUCGAAAUGCGGAAGGUUUUAGAUUGAUCUGAUCAAAUUUGCCCUUGCCCAAUGCCAUGUGGCUCAGUCCUAGUAAUCGCUCGAAAUACCUUUCUCUUCCAUUGACCAACCUUGAAUGACUAGCCAGGGAUAUUUUACUUCCUUUUAUCUAUGUUCAAUCCCCAAAUGCUGUUUUUCGUGGUCAAUUGUUCAUUUUAAGCCACGGCUGUCAAACCUUAUUCCUACCUGGCUAUCGAUUAAAUAAAGAGCAAACAGUAAAACUGACAAGGUUACCUUACAUACCUCGUUGCAGUUGGUACGGACUUUGUCAUGUGCACACGAGUUCCAUUGUGAGUGUGUUGAUCGAUGGCUUCUGGCGAAAAGGACUUGUCCAUUGUGUAAAGGAAACAUUAUAGGUCAGUUACAGUAAACAAGCAUUACAGUUAAACCUGUGUUAAUUGUUCACUAUCACGCUCCGUCUAGUUUUUGUAUACUAUUGUAUUAAUUUCCGGCACUAUUCAUGAGUCGAUCAACUUGUAUUAAGCGACCUUCAGUUGGCCAUUCCGCCAGCCAGUGUCCGCUUCAUAAAGGAAUGACUAUACUGUGUGCAUCGACUUGAACCGCAUUCCUUACAUACAUUAAGUCUUAUCAUUUAUGAGGCAAGUUGCUGAAAUGAUUUCUUUACAAUAUUAAAAAAUUAUAAAAAUUAACGAGAAAAUGGCAAGAAAGCCCAAAGAAACCAGGACGCUCGAGCAAUGUGGGCUUGCUCAACUAAAAUUAUUUCAAAGACACCAUAUAUAUCUGAAAAAGUGUCUUUACUAAGAGAGGAUUCGCGUAACUAUCGUUUUGAACAUAGCUAGUGGCCAUGUUUUGAAAUAACGAUUAACAACUUAAUAUAAAGGAACUUAAGCAAAGGCGUUUUUGAGCGAAGGAGAUCAACCGGGAGUGAGUCCUUUUCUCUUUUAAUAUGCCAUGAUGCUUCCAAAUUUGUGUUGUUAUUUAGUGUCUUAACUCUCAUAGAGACUACUUAACCCGAAAAUUUGGUGAAAGUCACGGCCGAAAACUACAAAGAGGCCACUUCGUUUGACGUGCGUCGCUCAAAAACGUCGUUGCUUAAAGUCCCUAAUAAUCCAUGGAUGGAUCGAUUUCACGGUUAGAACAACGAACCACAUUCUGCCAUAAAGGCGGUUCAACGAAUACGCUUCUCAUUAGUACAUUUUUUUGUCUUUUUAUUUACUCUCGUAUUUACUUUGCCUUCUUUCAGCAAGUCUUGCUAGUGAAAAAACAGGACCAAUCAAUCCAUGGGAGAGAUUUAAUAUGGGCGAGUCGUCAUUAGGAAAUGAAACAGUCCGAAGACGGCAAAGACCAUUUGAGGCAUUUACUUCAGCUAGUGAUAACCUAGUGACUCAUAUCAGCGGUAGGAAGAAACAGUGCUCACGGACAGGCUCAUAAGAUCUUUGACCGUUGAAUGUCAUCAAUGAAACUCAACUGAUUACUGACUGAAAGCAAUUCUCG